CAUAUCAUCAUAAUUUCCUAUUGUCUGAAUUACAAUCAUAUCAUCAUAAUUUCCUAUUGUCUGAAUUACAAUCAUAUCAUCAUAAUUUCCUAUUGUCUGAAUUACAAUCAUAUCAUCAUAAUUUCCUAUUGUCUGAAUUACAAUCAUAUCAUCAUAAUUUCCAAUUGUCUGAAUUACAAUCAUAUCAUCAUAAUUUCAUAUUGUCUGAAUUAUGAUCAUAUCAUUAUAAUUUCCUAUUGUCUGAAUUAUAAUCAUAUCAUCAUAAUUUCCUAUUGUCUGAAUUACAAUCAUAUCAUUAUAAUUUCCUAUUGUCUGAAUUACAAUCAUAUCAUCAUAAUUUCAUAUUGUCUGAAUUACAAUCAUAUCAUUAUUAUUUCCUAUUGUCUGAAUUACAAUCAUAUCAUUAUAAUUUCUUAUUGUCUGAAUUAUAAUCAUAUCAUUAUAAUUUCCUAUUGUCUGAAUUAUAAUCAUAUCAUUAUAAUUUCCUAUUGUCUGAAUUACAAUCAUAUCAUCAUAAUUUCCUAUUGUCUGAAUUACAAUCAUAUCAUUAUUAUUUCCUAUUGUCUGAAUUACAAUCAUAUCAUCAUAAUUUCCUAUUGUCUGAAUUACAAUCAUAUCAUCAUAGUUUCCUAUUGUCUGAAUUACAAUCAUAUCAUUAUAAUUUCCUAUUGUCUGAAUUACAAUCAUAUCAUUAUAAUUUCCUAU